AUGAGAUCGCUACUGCGCGCCCCCUGGGCGCUCCUGCUGGUUCUUGUCGUGUGCGCCUCCCCCGCGCUGGCCUGCGACACGUCGGACAGCGCGGACUACGAGUGCAUGAGCACGCUCGGACAGUACACGCUGUACUGGAACCGGCCGACGGAGCAGAUGCGAAGCAGCCAGAAUCCGACCGUCUCGAUGGCGUUCCGGGUCCCCGCGGGCGACCACUCGUACUUUUCGUUUGGCUGGACUCCCAACGGCGGCAUGGUCGGCAGCUACGCUGUCAUUGCCUGGGUCGACGGGACGAACCCGGACCUCGGGGUCUACGAGCUGCGAUCGAAGCAGUCGUCCGGCAUCGUGCGCACCACCGACGUCGCCUCCACCCUGACGCGCUACACCGACACAGCCCCGGGGGGACUCAGGGAGUUCCAGUUCGACCUCGAGAUCAAGGGCGCGGGCAACGCCGCGGGCGCGUUCUUCCUCGACGCCUCCCCCGGGGUCGACAACAACAUGAUCUGGUCCAUCGGGCGGACCACCAACCCCCCCGGGACGCUCGUGCAACACAUGAACCGAGGCUUCGGGACGCUCAACUUCGGCACGCAGGCUGCGGCGACGCAGGCUCCGACGACGACGCAGGCUCCGGUGGAGACGCAGGCUCCCGCGGGUAACUCGCCGUCUGGGCAGAACGCUGCGCCCACGCAAGCAGCGGCGACGGCGGCGCCCGCGACGGAGCCGCCGAGCGGCAACACGGGUGGCGGGCGGUACGGCGGCGGGCCGUCGGGGCAGACCGGCGCGGCGGCUGGGGCCUGCGUGGCUUCGGCCCUGGCCGCACUUGCCGCCGCCGUCACCCUCGCCUUCUGA